AUGCCUGUGGGGGUUUUCACCAUCUUCGACUGCAGGACUGAUGGACUGCCUUUUGCAGCUCGGAUUCUGCACGAGGUGAUUCAUCACUGGGCGUGUGCUUCCAGAGAUCUUGCCACGUUUGGCCCAGACAAAACCAUCCAGUUUGGUCUGAGCUUCGUUCGACGAGGAGGUGUAGAGCCCGCAGUUCCAUGGGGCACCUAUGGGCGUGAUGUUGUGCUCACCCUUCUGGAUAACCUGCAGGCAUCCUGGGUCAAUGACUGUGACGUUACGUCUGGAGAGCUCUCCAGCCAAGAGGAGGCCCUCUGUCUUGCACUGGAGUCCCUGGCAUCGGGAGGCGAAGAGCUCGGCGACGCCUGCGCGGGCCGCGCAGCGGUCGAGGUUUGGAGCUUCUGGCCAAGGAAGCUCGUGCAGAGGUGUUGCUCUGCUGCUUCAGAGCGACUGCGCGGCCUGCAGACUGCCGGAAUUGACGUGACGGUGGUGAAGCUUGCGGACGAGUCGUUCAGGAGCGACGAUGAUGGACAGGGUCGGCUCAUCGACAUAAAGGUGGACGCCGCAGCAUUGCUGGAGUGGAUCAAUUCGCUGGCAGUCGUCGGCGAGUUUGUUCAAAGCCUGGAUGAGCUGGCCAACGGCAAGAUCUUGCUGCGAGUCAUGCGCGAUGUGAAUCCGGAGGCAUUUUCCGAGCACUCGGGAUCUGAGCUGAAAGCGCUCCUGCGUGGACUCGUCGAGCAUUUCAAGGGUCGGCAGGGAUGCGCUGAGGCGGUGGCCCGGCACUGGCUUGAGGAGGGCGGCACGGUGACAUCUCUGCUAACGCAGCUUGUGAUAUGGGCAACUUUAGACAAUGAGCUUCCAAAUCAUGCGUACUAUGUUCAGACAUGCCAGGAGCUGAGUGCCACAUCAGCUUCGGCUAUCGUUCUUAUAGCUGAGCGCUUUAGCCUCGACUUGGACUCUUCUCCAUUGUCCUCAAUCAUCCCUGGGAUCCCUGGGUUUCCUCGCAAAUCCGGCGCCUUUACCGGGUCGCCGGGAGGUUCCGGUGCGCUACCUCGCACCUUGUCGGCCGAGUUGCCAGACUUUUUGGAAGUUGGUCUAGAUUCGGAGACGCGGUUUCGCAGGUUAAAGGAACACUACAUCGCCUUGAAGGAGGAGCAAGAGCGCUGGGAGGAGGAGAGGAGCAGGCUAAAUGCUGAACUUGAAACGGAGCGUGCUAAACGUGUAGAAGCGCAAGAGAAGGAACGUCUCGCCCAAGCGGAGCUCCGCCUGGCUGACGAGGCAUCGGAACGAGCACGGGAGGAGCAGCGCGCAUCGAUGGAGAUGAAACUCGAGCAGGAAUUGUGGAAGGCUACAGCGGAGCUACGGCAGAAGGAGCAAGAAGUUGAGCGCUUGCGUGAAGAAGUGGAGAUCUCACGGGUGCAAGCUCAGAACAGCCAGAAGCUGCACUCGCAGCUGGAGAUGUACAAGAAACGGAUGGAAGAGUGUCAGGGCUGGAAACGAGAGAAAGACGAGCUGCGGAAGCAACUGGAUGAGAUUACGACCUCCAGGCAGGCAGGCUCUGGCACUGUAGAGCAUCUGCAUGGCCGGUUGGCAAAUCUCCGGGAUGACUUGGCCUCAGUUUCUCGUGAGAGGGACGAGGCGCGGCUUCAAAUCCAGAUGCUGCAAAGUCAGCUGGAGCAGGCACAGACACAGGCUCAAAGCAAUGACCAGGAGAUCUCUCAACCAACACGCGCGGUUGAAACGAGCGGAAGUGGAGCUAGUGGUGUCCUGGCCAGCCAGCUCGGAUCCGUGAGGGAUUCCGAACAAGAGAGACUUGCCCGUGACUUGAAGGCACGACUGGACUUGCGUGAGCGGGAACUACAGGUUCUGCACUGGCGCGGACAGGCUGAAAGCCAUGCGCUGCAAGCGCAAGAAACAUUGAUGGCGUCGUGCUUUCAUGAACUCGGGCUCCGCUACCAUCAGCUCAAAGUCCAGCACGACUUGUUGCAGAAGAGACUCUACGCAGAAGGCCAAAAAAUGAUUGGAAGCACUUUCCAGGAAGUUUCCAUGCCUCCUACGAGGCUAGCUGUACUUCGUCAUCUUCGGAGCCGCCUGUCGGUGAAGCUCAUGGUGAACUUGGAGCUGCCGGGCAAAUUUCCAGCCACUGUGGAGGAAUGGAAAGUCGAUGCGGCAUACCAGGAGAACCUUGACCCUUGCUUCAACUCGGUUGCCUGCAGUUGUAGUCCCAUUCUCCUCCUCAUGCCCGGCCAGCAUGAGGCAGCCAAUGCGCAGUUGUCGACCUCACAAUUUCAUUUCCAACGCUUUGUGCGCGCUGGAGGCAUCGAUCCUUGCCACUUCUAUGGCAUUCCAUUGGUGGCACGACCUGUGUCGAAGGUCAAUCUGAGCAGUAGGAUUCGAAAUCGGGAUGACGCCGCUGACUCGAGCUCCUUCGAGAAGCUGGCCUGCUUGGCACAAGGUCAAGCCGCGCUCUAUGCCUCAAAGGUAUGCCCGCUGGAGCUGAAAACAGGAUGCCGUACCUUCCAUUGGCUGGCUUCAGUCGGAAGCGAAUCUCGAGACUCGGUGCUGGUUUUGCGCGGACUGGCCAACCAUCACACGACCAGUCUUCUGGGUCUGCAGAGUCAGGCUGUCGGAGAAAUGUCGGACGGACUGAAUGAGGAAGGCGUUGCACCAUUGAGCCUGGAUGCCUUGCCCCAGCUAAGUGUGUACAACCCACUGUGCGCAGAAUCCGUUCUACAUGCAGCAAUGUUGGAGGUCCCCUGGCCAGCAGCGAUGCCAAGUGAGGUGUCGCGUGGACGUGGCGGUGGCCGCGCCCGUGGUCGCGGGCGUGGUCGCGGCGAGCCGAGGCCGAAGGUCCAAGCAGGCCUGCAGACGGUCGAGAUGCAGCCGGUGAGCUGCGUGGGGGCGAAGGUGGCUGCAGAUUUGAUGCCUGCGGCAAAUGCCGGGCCUGCAGCGCCGCCGGCACUGCCGACUGCAGUGGAGCCUGCCAAUACUGCUUCAGCCAAGCGCCCUAGGAGCUCGCUCGGCAGCGCUGGAUCACUAGCACCGCUGGCCUCGCUGCUGUGUCAGUGGCUUGCGGCAAAAGGGGUCUUCAUUCUUGACCGAGCAGGAGGUUGCGAGCAUUGCUGCUGGCAGCUUCAAGUUCGACUUUUGACGCAGUUGAAGGACCAGUCUGACGGCACUAUCGUGGCUGGCUACCGUGACAGGGUGAAUCGAUACGAGGUUGAUGUGGCGCAGGAGUGCUUCGUGCGCUAUUUCCACUCCAAAUCCAGCAGCCUGUGGAAUGCAGACGUUAUCAUUGAAGCCUUGGCAGAUUUCGGGAUCAAGGGAGAUCAGAUCGGCUUCAACAACUUCUGCUCCAUCAUAGAGGAGGCCCGCAGCAAAAUGAGAUCAACGAGAUCGCUUGCCGUAUUUCAGGCCUGGAAGUAUGCCGACAAGGAGGAUGCUGGGGGCUUGAAGCCGGAUGCGGUCAUGCAGCUUUUGGAGGAUCUCCAACUUGCGUUCGGCAAGGAUAGCCUCGAACGGCAAAAUGUUGAGGCUAUGGUGUCUGACUGUCGCACAGAUCCGGCCACUGGCCUUAUUGGACUGACGGAGGUGGAAUUCUUGGUAUCAGCAGUCCGGGAGUACAUGAUGCAGACUCAGCGAAGUCAAGAACGAAAGCUCCAGGUGGAGUACCAGCUGUCAGACAGCAUGUUUCAAGAGUUUCGCAGCCAGCUCAUAAGAUUUCAUGAGUCUUUCGUAGAGCUCGAUGAUGAUGACAGUGGAGCAUUGGAUGAGAACGAGGCCAUGAAUCUACUGACACAUUUUGGGUGCUUGAGCAACGUAUCAAGCAUGUCGAUCGAGAAGAAGCUUCAAGCUGAGGAGAUCAUUGAGUGGUACUUGAACGCAUCUGAGGAUCACACACUUUCCUUCUCCAGGCUUGGUGCUUUGCGUAUUGCUAUGAGAUGCUAUGUGUCCAACAUGACUUUGACUUUGACUCGCUGCAAGGCGUCCAAGCGUUGCGAGAAGUAA